AUGGGCCUCAUGUUGAAGCCAGGGGCUUACGGACCCUUACCAACCUUUUUUACUGACGACCAAGAAAUCGACUACGAGUCGUACAAGAAGCACUUACUGAACCCCGUGUGCGCGGGAUCGUUGGGCGAAGCAGUACAUUUGUCACCAGAGGAACGCGUUGCUCUCAUUGACUUCAUUAGACGCACACUUCACGACGCCGGCAUGACGGACAUGCCCAUUGUGGCAGGCGUGGGUGGUUCUAGCACCAGAGAGACUAUCAGACUUGCACAUGCAGCCGCCAAUGCCGGGGCAGAUGCAGGGCUGGUUAUUCUCCCCGCCUACUACGCUGCUAGCCUGAGCACCGACCAGGAACAAAUUAUUCAGUAUUAUGUUGAUAUAUGCAAAGGAUCACCGGUCAGUAACUCCACUCCCAUCAUGAUGAAUGGAUAUAGCUCAAAUCCCCAGAUUCCCCUGUUCCUGUACAACUUUCCGGCAAACUCGGCAGGUUUGGAUAUGUCAUCGGCGAUCAUCGAGGCGGUUAUACGUCAAGCGCCUAACUUGUGCGGCGUCAAACUCACUUGUGGUGGUAGCGUCGCAAAGCUGGUUCGCCUAUCAUCCUUCAUCAAUAGCGAGCCGUCAGUCAAUUCAUGCCGGCCGUAUCCUUUUCUGCUUUUGGACGGGCUCAUCUCCGAUUUGACGCCAUGGAUGAAGUGCGGCGGCCAUGGAACCGUCAGCGGCAUCCCCAACUUUGCUCCUGCUGCCUCCAUGCGGCUGUGGGCACUUCUCAAUAAGCCUGAUCUUACAGAAGAUGAGCGGCGGGAAGCAGAGAGAAUCCAGUCCAUCCUAUCCAAUGCCGACGUGGCGGCCGUGCCUGCAGAGUAUGUGUUGCACAAACUGCACGGAUAUGGAAUGGAUCCCAGACGCCCACUACUGAGAUUGGGAGAAGCGGAGGGAGAACAAUUAAUGUCGCAAUUCAAAGAAAUGAUCGAGCUGGAGGCAGAAUACUCUGAAGCGGCGUAG